GGCGCGAGCCAAUCAGAGGGCGAGCAGGUGCUGGCCUCUCUGCCGUUGGAGGUGGAGGCAGGUGAGCGUGUUUAUUAACCAUCUCUGAUUGUCCGUCAUUGCGCCACAUCCCAUAUCAGCAUCGUUAUAACAUGGUCAAAGUCGGGGCUAAGGCGAGAAAAGCAUAAAUCCUCAUGGAAAUGUCUCUGAUUGAGAUGCAAGAAUUGCUGGAUGGACUAAAGAUGGCGGCAUCAUAUUAGCGUGCCAUUCAAGUGGUAGUGGGCCUACAUAAUAUUGCUGGGGACUCAAUUUAAGUGCAUCACUUUCCCUGGCAUCAGUUAUUGUAAUCUCAAAACUACUGCCAGUCUGAAAACAGGAAGGCCAUGGGCAUGUUGUGGUGAACUAUUUCCUAGACACAUUCCUAAUGGAUACAAAUAAAAUCAGAGACACUUUGUUUCGGAAAUAUGUACAGAUUUGCGAAUUAAAAUUAAGUGAAAAGGAUCACAUAGUUGAUGAUGCAGGCCUUAAGAAGACGGCUACAUCCUUACUUGAUUUAUAUCGCCAGGAGUCCAGUGAAAGAUUUAAGAUGUUUAGAUUUUAUGAUAUGGUGGAGAAUGCCUUGAGGAUGCUCAAAACAUCAAGUUUAAAUGCGCUUCUCACUGCCUUUAGAAUUCUGGAAACUUUCUGCACUAACCUCUUUCUAUAUCCCUGGAAAAAAGAAUUUAAAACAAUAAAGACCUUUACGGGCCAUUUUGUCUACUAUGUCAAAUCUGCAUUGUGUGAAGACGAUAUUUGGAGUAUCCUAUAUCAUAUAGGGUACCACCUUGAAAAGGAGACAUUUGAACUGAAAAACAUAGUAAACACUAACCGUGUGAAAUUGAUUUCUUUUGAGCUCUUCUUGGCUGGAAUUGAAUGUGAGAAUUUACUUGAAAUCUGUUCACAAAUAAAAGGUAAGGGCUAUUCAGAGCUUAAUGUAAUUGAAGAACGAAAGAACAGCACAGAAGAUGUGAGAGGUUGCAUUGACGCAAUGAAAAGACAACGGAGACUGGAAGACUUGCAUACAUCAGUGACCCGAAUGGACUUUCGAAGAUCUGACGGUGAACGGUUAACAAACAAUUACAUCAAACAUUUAAUGUACAAGCCUUCACCGCAUGUAGAUAAUGAUGAAAAUCACUUGGGAAAGCAGUUAAAUAAAGUUCAUCUGACACCUGUACAUCACAAAAAAGAGACAGUUUAUAGCUCUCCUUUUGAAGAGAUGACUGAUGAGAUUUAUCGUCCUACACCUUCCCUUCUUGCUAUGUCAAGUUCCCCUCGUUUAGGAUCAGAGGAAUACUUGCAGUCUCCCAAUGAUAACUGGAGAGCAGAAAAUAAUUUUAAUAUGUCUUUCCAGGCACUUGAUGAUGAUUUGGAUCUUUACACAGCUGAAGAUCCUAGAAGCACUUUAACACCGAGAUGGACAGACACAACUAGUUACAGUACAAGAUUAACAAAAAAUAAUGACCUAAGAGGUGUGUACCAUGAAACUUCUCAUCUUACCAAAGAAAGUGUAUCUAGCACAGUUGCGUUGAAGUGCCAAACAUGUGGAAUGUCCAGUGGUAGCAUAACUUGCCAAAAAUGUGACAAGGUUCUUUGUAACCAGUGCCAUCGAGACACCGGAGAGUGUUCACUUGUCUCAUGUAGACAUGAAUAUCCAAGAGCAGUGGGUAUCCUAUCACGCUCAUCAUCUGUUCAGAAUGAUCUUUCUGUGAAUUCUACUCCAAAAGAGAAAUGUUCAUUUUCUAUCACAACCCAGUAUCAAGAGCGCUUACCCAGUUCCAAGGGCACCAGCACAUUGCGCUGUGGGUUUUGUGACAAACCUGGUGCAAAGUUCACUUGCUUGAACUGUUCUAAGGUAUCCUGUGAUGAUUGCAGGGCUGUUUAUCAUCAAGAUUUAUGCAACAAGAAUAAGGUGCACAGUUUCCACCCAAACAACCAGCUCAAUUACAAACCCGGCAAAAUUUAUUCCCCAUACAGAUGAAUUAUUCGAUCUGGUAUAAUAAUGCAUGAUCAGCCCUGGAAAAAUCUAUGCUGAGGAUAUUUGGAAAAUGGGUAGAUUAUAGAAUGGACAGUCUGAAAUAUAAAUGCGCACUGUGAUCUCUUUGUACUACAAUAUGUACCUUAAGGUAUUUAAGUUGCUGCUAUAUUUUUCAAGGGCUGAUGUAUGUACAUUAAAGCUGCUUUGAUUUAAAAAUUCAUACUAGUGGUAUAGAAAGUGAAAUGAUGGUUUCAAACCUGGAGCAGACAAAUAUUUUGUUACCAGAAGUGAAUGGAGGCAACAGUCUGCAAUAUUUGAUGCUGGAAGAUUUCAUGUAAAACUGUCAGAUGUUUGUUUAAUGAGCCUUGUUAUUGAUGUGCAAUUUUUCUCUUGCCAUUUUCUAAUGUGACUGUGUUUAAUAAUUACUUUUUACUUACAAUAGGUGGGCAAGUAUGUGUUUUCUGAUGGGAAUCCUGAUCCUGUUCUGGUAUCCCUUGGCUUAUCCAUGCAUUUUUUGUUUUGAAGACUGUUAAAUAAUUUUAUUAUUGCUUGUAUGAAUAAAACUGUGUACCUGACCAUA